CAGCUUAGGGUGGGAAAUAUGAGUCAAGAGAAUAAAUCACCUGUCUCCUGAGAAAGAAAUAUGUUUAUGGGCAGUUUAAAGGGAUUCAGAAUUUUAGACAUGGUAUAGCUUCAGAAAGGAUUUGUGGUUUUGAGCUGCAGUCCUGCCUGUCAGCUGCCUAUCAGUACAGUGUGCUGUAACACUGACUUCUGCCAUGUCAGCAAGUAAAAAAAAGAUCAAAAGAACUGUCAGCAAAGGAGUAGUUACACUACUCACCACCAGUUGAUCAGAAUUUAAUCUUUGAACAGCUAAGGAUGCCAGGCAAAUUAGUCCACCACAUUAUACUGUCCCACUUGAAUUCAUAAAGUGUAUGGGAGAACAGGGGAAUAACCCUGCUUUUUCUAGUCUAUGACUUUAAAACACUCAUGACUGCAAUACUGUAGAUAUGACUCUUCUGCAUAGCAAACUGGUUACUCAUAGCUGCAGUUGUAGAUACUACUCUUCUGCCUAGCAAAUGCAUUUUAGACAAGCACUAAACCUGAGAGGUUUAGCACUAACCAAAAGAUUAGUGAAAUACUGAUCAUCAGUAACAACCCUCAUUCUUCAUGAUGGGAUAUUAUCAUGAUUCCAAUAUAAUAAAAAAGAGCUGUGUAUGUGCUGAUUUCUGUUUUAGCACAUCAAUAUUGCAAAGUGAGUAUACUUAGCCAAGCUGAACUCUAAAUAUAGACUGAGAGGGGCAGUCUGUUUCACAGCUAUCUUUAUGGGUACUGCAGGACUUGAUAGGUUCCUAUGGGAUUAAAAGUAGAGAGAGGAACUGAAGAACAAGUUUUCUUCACGUGAUUUUCACUGGCUGAUUUCUUCCAUACUGGCACAUUACCUGAAUGUAAUUAUGUUCUCAAACACAGGGCUCCAUAAUGACUGUGUUGCCCGAGGAUGUGCAUGUGGGGAGACAGCAGAGCAGAGCCAGCUCUGGUGGGGACGUGGCUCACAGAUUGUGCUGCCUAGUGCCAUGUCAUGCUCUAAAGGAAGGACCGUGGGCAAAACCAUCUGUCCUGAAGUUCCUGCUGCACACCUAAAAAUCAUAGACUAGAGACAAUGGAGAGACCUUCCUUGGAAUUUAACCUGCCUGAUACUCCUGAAGAAGGAAAACUUUAUGUAGUUGAUUCCCUAAACAACCUAAACAAACUAAAUGUUUGCCCAGCUGAAUCCCAACUUUCACUAGAUGAGGAAGAGAACACUGGUGGUACUGGAGAAAGUAUGGCAGAGAGCAAUGCAAGAAACCAGUUUUUGUUCUUCAUCACCUUUAUUCUUACUUUGACCAUCAGUUUGGCGCUUGUUUCAUUUGUAAUAUUCUUAAUAUUUCAAACUAGAAAUGAGUUGGACCAAAUAUCAAGCAGACUACUAUCUGAAAAGAAGAACAUAGAAGAGCUGAAGAAACUUAACAAUAUUAUAUUAAAGCAUCUGAAUCAAUCCAGAAUUAAGGAAUAGCCUUCUGAUCUUCAUGAUUACCUCUUUACCCAUACUGAGCUCAAAGUCCUUGGACAAUAAAUCUUCUCUGGAAAGAAAUUCAGCAUAUUCAUAACUCAGACAUGCUCACAUAUGGCACACAGGUUGCUGAAACAUGGUUGCUGAAACAUUGCUGGAAAAGCCAGCUGAAUGAAAAAUAUUAGCAAUUAGUAUUUUCCCUGUUUUAUGUGGAUAUAGAUUUGUAAUACUAAGCCCACAGGAUUCACAAUAAACAAUGGAUUGUCAGUUUGAGGCAAGAUUUCCAGAUUCCCUGUGCAUUGUAAAUCACCGGAGAAAGGGCCUAGUUUUAUUUUAAAUGUAAGUGAAUGAUCACAGAAAAUCACGAGUUCUAUUCACAUGAUUCCAGCAUGACCUUGUUCACUUAAUCAUUCUUCUGUUACCUUUGUACAAGCUUUCUGUUUCUUUCUAUUACUAUUUGUAUUUAAGGAUAACUUCAGAUUUCAUAACUUAUAAAUAAAUCCAUUUCUGCUCUA